AAGCAAUAUCAAUGUCCCGAAUGUCUAAAGAUAUUCAGUCGCCCUAGUGCGCUCCAAACCCAUUCUUACACGCAUACCGCUGAGAAACCUUUCAAAUGCUCAAGUCCUAAUUGCGGUCGUUCCUUCUCUGUCGUGUCAAACUUGAGGCGACAUUUCAAGGUGCAUCAAAAA